CUGCCCUCUCUAUAAAACCCUUAAAUGCCCUUAAAUAAGUUGUUUUAUGACUAGUUUUGCCAAGAAAAAGAACCUCCUAAAGCUUAUUAUUCCUUCUGGAGGCGCAACACCCCAACCUCCUGUAGGACCAGCGUUGGGAGCCCGUGGAGUCAAAUCAAUAGAAUUCUGCAAGGAAUUUAAUGAGAAAACCUUGCAUUUGAUUCCUGGAAUCCCUAUUCCCACAGUAAUUGCAAUUCAUUCGGAUCGGAGCUUUACGUUUGAAAUAAAGACGCCGCCUACGAGCUGGUUACUUUUUAAGGCGGCGAAUAUUGAUAAGGGAUCUUCUUCACCAGGUAAAAUAUCGGUUGGUACUAUUUCUUUGAAACAUGUAUAUGAAAUUGCAAAAAUAAAACAUAAAGAUGAGAAUCUUCAGGGAAUUUCUCUUGAGAAUAUAUGUAAAAGUGUGAUUGCAAGUGCAAAAAGUGUUGGAAUUCAAGUAGUUCCAUGAAAUAUGGUAUCUUCUGAAUCCUUAUUAACACUUUGUUAUUGAAUU